AUGGCUGCUCUGCAUUACAAGGGGCCGGGAAGCGUGUUGAGUAAUCCAACCCGCAAAGGCAUCAAGCUGGGGUCUACGCUGCACUUAACUAACUCUGAAAACGCUCUCGACUUUCCUCCGGGACUUUCUCCUCAGCCGACACCAGGGCCGGAGGUGGGCGCUCUCAGCCGCUGCCUGAGGGACAAGCCGGGACGGCGCGGUGGGCGGGGCCUGCGGGCUGGGCGGGGCGUGCGGGCUGGGCGGGACCCAAAGGUAAGUGCGGCCUGCGGGUGGGCGGGGCCCGCAAGGCCGCGCGGCGCCGCCCGGAAGCCGGGCGUGCUGGGUGGUCCGCCGGGUGACAGGCCGGUCGCGCUGUGGGCUUCGAGACUUCCAGGGAGGACGGCGCUGGCGGGAACGCUGCUGCCUGCCGGGCCGCGGAGGGCUGCAGCGGGCAUCCUCACCGCUUCGGAGCCCCCGGCCAGGACCGCUUCCCGGCUGCAUUCGUCAGGGCUGACUUUUGCACACUUUGUGGAGUGGAUUGUGACUGGCCGUGCCGAGCAUUAUUCUGUUUCCCACACCCGGCUGCGCCCCUACAAGGGCAGACCCAGGUCAUCACCAAGAAAUGGCAUGAUAUGUGAACUGGAGGCCUUAUUCCUUUCCACUAUACUCCUGUACCAUUAA